AUGGCGUCGAAGAUGGGUUCGCGACGGUGGAUGUUGCAGCUGAUCAUGCAGUUGGGUUCUGUGUUGCUCACACGCUGCCCCUUCUGGGGCUGCUUCAGCCAGCUCAUGCUGUAUGCUGAGAGGGCCGAGGCACGCCGGAAGCCCGACAUCCCAGUACCCUACCUGUACUUCGACAUGGGGGCGGCCGUGCUGUGCGCUAGCUUCAUGUCCUUUGGAGUGAAGCGGCGCUGGUUCGCGCUGGGGGCCGCACUCCAGCUUGCCAUUAGCACCUAUGCCGCCUACGUCGGGGGCUACGUCCACUACGGGGACUGGCUGAAGGUCCGUAUGUACUCACGCACAGUUGCCAUCAUCGGUGGCUUUCUUGUGCUGGCCAGCGGUGCUGGGGAGCUGUACCGUCGGAAACCCCGCAGCCGUUCCCUCCAGUCCACCGGCCAGGUCUUCCUGGGCAUCUACCUCGUCUGUGUGGCCUACUCGCUGCAGCACAGCAAGGAGGACCGGCUGGCGUAUCUGAACCAUCUCCCUGGCGGGGAGCUGAUGGUCCAGCUCUUCUUCGUGCUCUAUGGCGUCCUGGCCCUGGCCUUCCUGUCGGGCUACUACGUGACUCUGGCUGCCCAGAUCUUGGCUGUCCUGCUGCCCCCGGUCAUGCUGCUCAUUGACGGCAAUGUGGCCUACUGGCACAACACACGACGCGUUGAGUUCUGGAACCAGAUGAAGCUCCUUGGAGAGAGUGUGGGCAUCUUCGGGGCUGCUAUCAUCUUGGCCACUGACGGCUGA